UGUCACCAUAACCUCUAGAUGUGACUGUUGAGAGCUUUUCUUAUUAUAGUCUAGCUUCUUUACAUGAGUUUGAAAUCCUAUUGAAUUGCAAAUUACAUUAGUAACUAUGGAAUAUAUGAAGAGUUUGGGGUCUUCUGUCGUUGAAAUAAUCAAAGCCAAGAAUAAGCAUGAAAUGUUGGAGCAAAACAUGGACGACCUACUGAGUCAUCAGAGACAAUUUGUCGAAAAUAAUUGUCGGUCCUUAGAACAGAAAAUAAAAGAAAAGGAAAAGGAAGUGUUUCAUCAGCUACAUGACUUACUGAGAGGGGAUCUGCUGCGCGACCAGAUAAACCAGGACUUGCAGCAAGCCAACGACGCUCUACGAGCAGAACUCGACAAAGCAAUAGCAGUGAAACACCGUUUGGAAAACAACUCCAGUGAGCUUAACACAGAAGCUGUGCAGAGCAGAACAGGCUUUACUAGCAAACCAGUCAAAGGAACUGGAAUAAUUAAUAAUUUAAACUGGAAAUCGGAAAUGGAGGAAAAAAACCUUCUUCGCUGCCAGUCUGAUCAAAAUCUCAAGAAAUCGAAAACAGCUAAACAGUUUCUGAAGGAGACCCAGAAUUAUGCGGAAGAGAUUAAAAAUAAGAGUUUGUCUCAGCAAAUGGUAUUAGAAAAGAAACAAGAUGAGAUUCAGGAUUUAGAGGGGAAAAAUCAAGAUUUAAUCCAGCAGCUAAAGAAAAUGCAGUCAGACCUGCAAUUGAAACAAGCUGAGAAUACCCAUCUCCCAAAUCAGCAACUGAGCAAGCUAGACAGUCUGAAGGCUUUAGAUCAACUGAAGAAGCAAAAUGGAUUCGCUCACAGUAAACUGAAGACAUGGAUGCAAUCCUGUAGAUGAUACUCAGCAGUGCCAAACAGAAACAGCUAUUGAACCUAUGGAAUCAAGAUCUCCUCUUUGCAUGAAGAAGCAACACACACACAAGCUGUUGCUGAGAACUCAAGGGAGAAUCUCCACACACACCAAGGCAGAUGUUCCUUGAGCACACAAAAACUACCUGAUCAAAAUGAACAAGACAAAAACUGUA